CUGCAGCUCAUCAGAGACACUCUGCAGCUGUGGACGCACCUUCCUCCUCCUCCUCUUCCUCCCGUGUACGGACGCGCCCUCCCCUCCUGCACUGGAGCGGAUGAGCGCGCCGUGGAUGCGCUCACACCGCAGCUCGGAGCCGCGCCACAGACGGGAGGGGACAGCUCUCCACGGGACAGCGGGGGCUCAGCCUCGUCUUCUGGGAGACAACUUUUUUUUCCUCCUUUUUUUUUCUCUUUCAUUUUUCCGGUUCCUCCCUGAAACUUGAGAGGUCGGAGGACGACUCGUCGGUGUCGGCAUGGCGUCGUCGGUGAUCCGCGCGUGUCUCCUCUUGCUGCCUGUUGCUCUGCUGCUGAUGCUCAGCCCGGUCGCCGCGGCGUCGGCCAGAAGGUGUCACUCCAUCUACAAAGGAUUCGCUCAGUGUCUGAUGGCCCUGGGAGACAGUCUCGCCGACAACGCCCGCAAGGACGAGGACGCGCACGAGAUACACUCCAUCUGCAGGUCGUGGGAUGCGUUCCAUGACUGCGCCAACGCAGCAAUGGCCGGCUGUCCGGACGAAGCUGCGGCAGUCUGGGAAUCCCUCCGACAGGAAUCCAAGAAGAUGCAGUUCUCCGGGAACCUGUACGACAUGUGCUCCAACCGGGACAAGCACCUGGGGGCCUCGGCCCCCCCCCGCAGCUCGUCCAACCAGGAAGCAAUCAACCAGGAGUCUCUAAGAGGGGGUGCAGAUAACCUGGCAGGCAACCCUCACCUUCUCAUGCUACUAUCUCCACUGCUGAUUCUGUUGUUUGGGAUAUAGCUCCCUUGAAAGACAUAGGACUUGUGUAGAUAUAUAUAUAUAUAAACUUUGUGUAUUUCUUUCUCCUUCCACAAGUCCGUAGACUUUCCACUUCUUUUCCCUUUCUCUGCCAAUGGCAGAAUAUUUCUUGUUGCAUGUUCAGAGGCCCGACAGUCGUUUUGAUGAUGUGUUUUUUAACUGCCUGUGCCGUUUCUUGCAUAUUCUCUGCCUUUGAACCAGUCCCUCUGUUGGAAACAAAAACAAUUCAUACAGAAGCACAACCACUGUACAAAAUGAAAACACAUACAUAGUUAAACAGACAGUGGCCUCAUGUCAUCUGUCUCUAUCCCCUAUUCCUCUACAUUUUGCGUAUCUAGUUCUUUAGUGUGAGAGAGACAAAACAACGCCCCCCCCUGAAAAACCUGAAAAUGAAGUGACAAGGGGGCCAAAUGCCACGACAGGCCAAACUCAUUCACUCAUUAGCUUUACAGUAUGAAUUCUUUGCUAAUUAUGUAAAUCUAACAUUAUUGGCUUGCUUGCUUGAUAGGCGAGGUGAUGGUGAACUACUGCACGUCAUGUCUCCGUAGGUUAAUAUAAAUAUCACAAACCUGUGCCCAGCCCGCUGUUGAGUACAGUUAAACACACACUAAAAAAAAGUUGGUUGUCUUGCUAGCGGUCAAAUUGUUUUUUUCAAAUUAUCGCGGUGCUAAGCUAAGCUAACAGUGCCCAAGCGAGCUAGCACUAUCGCUAAAGGCCAAAUACACGUUAGCGAUAGUGCUAGCUCGUAAGUUGUAGUCAUAUCCCUCUUAAUGGUCACAUCUAAUGCGGAAUUAGAGAGUACAUUAGGGAGCUCUAUCUAAGAUUUCCCUGUGUCCUUGAUGGGGAUGCCACCCGAAACCCAGUUCUAAACAGGAACUGGUUCAUAAUUAGAAAGAACAAGUGUGGCUACAAUUAAGUUGACUAAAUGCUGUGAACUUUCUUGUCAAAAUACAAUAAAACCCUCACCAGUAAGAGAGGUAUUGCCGGCAAUUUACCAACAUCAUUUGGCGAAACAAGCAGAACAUCUAUCACCAGAAAUGGUUUGGCGAGCAGGCAGCCGUCCAUCCUGGUCCUCUGCGGGUAACAUUAGCGUUAGAAUGGUCUCGUAGCGUUAAAUGUAAGAUAAUCGCUAAGCUAAUUGUUUAGUAAAUGUACUUUAAAUCCUUUGGAAGUUGUUUCAUUGCUGCUCAAGAAAGACUAUUUGUAUACAUACAAGAAUAAUAAAGCAAUAUCGAUUGUUUUUAUUAAUUGUCUUUUUCUCGCGUGGUAUAUCAGAGUAUCAAUAAGGAAGCGAAGUAUAAAAAAAACUAAUGCUAAUCGUCCUCUGUUCCUUCAGGAGAACGUUUUUGAGAAAGUUAUCAAUUAACAAAUGAUUUGCUCCUCAAAUCAUCACAUGAAAGUAAUUGAUUAUAGCGUCUCUCCCAUCAAUAUGAGCAAAUUCUUCAAGUAACAUUGUUUGGGUUGGUAUGGAAAACUGGAUCGGUUCCUGGCUGGUGUGUUUUUUUUUUUAUUUUGCUGCUUGCCCAGGUUUUAAAUCCUCCAAGGGUCCGUCUUGGCAUCCUAUACCGUAGCCCUACAGUAUGGGACCAAUAUGUUCGCCAGUCAAAAUCACAACAACUUGCAUGCCAAGCGUGUUUCAUGCUCCGGGAGCCAUGGUUUCGGCCCUGCAGACCCACUGAAGCUGCUUGUUAUUCUAAGUGGCUCGAGGUAACAGUUGUUUCUGUCUGGCCCAGGUUCAGAAAUACAAUCAGAUUAGAGAAAGAUGGAGAAAGAGAGAGAGAGACAGAGAGAUGAGCACACCUGGAAAACAAAUACCGUUGAAGAUUGAAUCCACCUGUUCUAGCCCCGAGGGUGGCCCAGGCGGGAGGCUUUAGGUUGGAGGUGUACUUUAUUUUUUUACAAAUAAUAAAAAUCAAAGCCGCGUUGACUUUAAGGAGUCGCACUAGAAUUUGAAAUUCAAAAGGAAAAUCAUUAAAGAUUGAAACAACCACUUUAAGAGAGGAGGGAAUUGAUAAAAAAAAACAGCUCACCUUAUGAACUCAUUGAGCAUCAGCCUCGCCGGUGGCAAGUUUGAUAUAUACAUACCUACAGGGUUGAAUUAAACAGAAUAUUGGCAAACAUAUCUCUAGACAGUUUUAUAAAGUAGGGGAAAUUUUAUUCUUAGUGUUGAUUUGGGACCUCAAUGUCAAAAGUUGACAUUUCAUUUGAAUAUUGAGGGUUUUUUUGACACACACACACACACACACACACACACACACACACACACACACACACACACUACCUUAACAUGUCGACCCUGGGAUGUUUCAGAUAAACCAAGCUACAUUGACAGAAUACAUUUCCAGGUAGAUCCAAGUGUUAUAUAGUUAAAACUCCAAUCAGCCUUAGGCUAUUUAUUUUACACAUAAGGGACCUCAGCCAGGGAUGUUUUUUAACUGUAUUAAACUGACAGAAUCACCAAUUAGUGGCCUCAAUGACUGAUUCAGCAAGGUGUGGUAUUGGGAAAAAGCAUCUCGACGGUCCCCAGAUAAGAUGUUGUCACUAUACGGGUGGAAUCCGAGUGAAUCCCAAUCUUGAGGCUACAUAGGCAAAUUGGAUUGGAUGUGUUUGGCCUACAGUGAUUCAGUCAUCAUCACCCCAACGGAAGCAUUUUUUUAUGGGGAAAUCACCUCUGUGGAUUACAAGUAGAGCCUUGCUGUGCGCAGAGGUUCUCCCAAACGCCGGCACACAAAACAAAUGUAUUUACGAGGCGAUGUGUUUCAUGGUACGUGAACAGAUCCGAUUGCAGAGCAGUUUUCAAUAGCGCUGCAGGACAAAUGCAACAUUAUUGACCAAAGCAAAGCUAAAAAUUAUAUUCCAGCACUGCGCUUCGAGACUGUACAUCUCCUCGCCUAAAGCUUGGUGCUCGGACAAAUAGGUUAAAUUGGACAGAAACAACCACGGGAGAAUUUGUAAUAUUCUCAAACACCGAUACAUCAUUGUCACAUUAAUGGCGGAGUUUGGUGUUAUUAGUGUGAACAAACAGCAGAAAACACUUUUCUUCUGUGCUAAAUGUUCUUAUUUUUACAUAAACACUUUUCUUUGUAUACCAACAAAGCUGCUCCAGUGUCUCCCUCCUAAACAAACAAUCAAAUCCUUCGGCGACUCCUGAAAUUCAAUGUGGCGCAGUGUGUGAUAAUUGCCGCUCUUGGACUCUGUUUCUUCUCACGUUUGGUCUUAAAGAGGUGUGCUUGUUUUGCUCUAAAAGUAUUUUCGAGAAGUUAAACACUACUUUGCAAUGAAUGCCGGAAAAGAGAUCGGGAUCAUUUCUAUUGCCUCUCUAGGGAUCUCAAAAUGGAGAAAUCUGAUCCCACCCCCCUCCUUCCCAAAAAAGGUAGCAAGUUCAAUUUCAUCCUGUGAAGUUACCUGGAGAAAUCUCAAUAAUUAGCCAAAGUCAAUAUAAUCUGCUGCUGGAGAUAUUUGCUCAGUUAAACUGUCAGGAUAAGCUCAAAAUGAUUGCUAAGAUUACCUCAAUGCUUUGGUCUUUGCAGAUUGAGGUGUGAGAGAUAUUGUUUGGUCGUUAGAACACCGUUUGAACCAGUCGUUAAAUAAAUUGACUACAAAUUGUACCAUAGUUCAAAGAAAUCUUUGAAGAAUCAACAUUUAAGGAAAAAAGGCGAAGUAUGAUGAAUGUUUCCUAAUCUCAUAGAGUUGUACCUCAUUUAAUUAAUCUGUACAGAAAAAAAUAAUGUAAUUUUUUGAAGAGUUGAGUUCAGCUGGGUGAAACGUGGCAGAUGGCAGUAGUGAAAAAUGUAUGACAUUUUGACCAGAGCUUUGAGUCUCAGACCUGAGACGAGACAGACGGACCUGAUCCGUCCACCUGGGUCCCAGAGUCGUAUGCUCGCCUCCAGCAAGUGGCUGCAAGGACUGCUUGUUUUCAAAUUAAAACCGCAAGCGUCCCAGUUUUAAUUAGGAAUAAGACAAAAGGAGAAGGACAUGAGAACACAAACUUGGGGUCAUUGCAGAUGCGUUUUGUGAAGAAUAAUUUGACGUCAAUUUUGCUGCUGACAAAAAGGAAGAAAGUACUUAAAUGCAUACGCAUUAUGCAGAAGUUUAAACCUGCCAUUGCUAAAUAACAUAUUUCAUAUGUAUAUUGACUAUAAAUCUAUAAAGCAGAAUACAUUUAUAUAGCCAGUUAUCAUCAUGCUGCGUUCUGGAUUUCCACCUUUAGUCAAAUAUAUGGUAAAAAAACAGAAACUCAACAUAAACUCUGUAGAUAUGUAACGUGAUUGUUUGUCUUUUUCUGACUAAAUCGUUGUCUUUUCACUGCACAUGGGGAUUUUCUGUGUUCGAGGUCUGUGUAAGACAAAGAAGAGAAAUCAAAUCUCAUUAUAGUGUAAAUUAGAUUGUUAAAUUAAUCAUUCAUCCGCACAACACCUUUUUGAAUUUCACAUUUACUGAUUCAAAUGCUCAUCUCCCGCAUGUUCCAAUCCAAAUGCCGCUUUCUUCUGUUUGUUGUAGCAAUAGCACGUGUCUGCCUUUUAAUGUGAGAAACAGAACAGCCGGACUAAAGCCAGUGUGUACGUGUAUGAUCCUGUGACACACAUGUUAACUUCAGACAUACAUCACAGGCUGGGAGACAAAGAGAAAUGAAAAAAACAACUACGCAGGUUAUCUUUUAAGUUGUGCUGCUGUUGCUGCCGUGGGCUCACCAUCAAACAGAAUGGAGAACUUAACAUCUGGAUCAUGGAUGGACUUUUCCAAGGAUGAAAGCACGAAGCCACUCAUCAGAAGCUGUUCGCCCACACAGAUGGCGUAGCUGCAUUUUACUGGGGACAGUAACAAAAGCUCAAUAUUAUAGUUAGCCUGCCACCUUGCACGGCCGAGAUUCUUUUCCAACGGAGCAGACGUAGACUUUUCUAGUUUCAAUUUCUGUUAUUGGUCCUUGACUGGCUUUCGUAAUGUGCACGUGUCUGUGCUCCUCCUAAAGGUGUUUUCUCUAUCCCUCCAUCCUUCUAUCCGUUCACAUGUAAGUUUUGCUAGAUUUAUAGAAAACCAUUAAAACUGGUGCUGACUGACCGAC